AUGGCGAGCCCGCGAACCAAGAAAAGGAAGACGGGCGAUGAGCGGUCGGCGGCGUGUGGCGUCACGGUCACGCUGCCCGACCACGUCGUGACGGAGGUGCUCGUGCGCCUGCCGGCGAGGUCUCUCGCGAGGCUCCGCUGCACCUGCCGCUCCUGGAACGCCGAGGUGUCGUUGCCCGGCUUCCAAGACAGACACCACGCUCUCGCCGCCGCCAAGUUAACCUUCCUGGAGCCUGCACCUACGCACAUGGGGUCGUACCGAAUAAGAAGAAGGCUCAGUAGGCGGACUUUGCCGUGGCUCAGCAAUUGCUUCGACUGUCCGAGAGUGAUCGGCUCCAAGCCCUGCUGGGGCCUCGUCCUCAUUGCCAGGCCGUGCGAAGGCUACUCCGUGUGCAACCCUACCACAGGUGAGAUUCUGCAUCUUCCCCGGUCGCACCGACCUCACUGUGCCACUGUCAUGGGCUUCCACGCGCCGGCCAGAGAGUUCAAGGUGGUGCAGUUAGGCAUAGACGAAGAGGUAGUGGGCAAACUGCACGCCAUUGUGCUCACCGUUGGCGACGCCCGAGGCUGGAGGGCCAUCUCGUCGUUCCAGCUCGGCCUCGGUUUCACCGACGACGCCGCCAGCAUCGACCGCGAUGUGCAGCCGGUGUUCGCGGAUGGGUGCCUCCACUGGAGUUUCAGGACAAACUACCUCGACAAGCCCCACGGCGUCCUCUCUUUCUCGCUCGCCGACGAGUCCUUCCGCCGUGUUCCCCAGCCGCCUUUCUCAAUGGAAGUGGCCAUGCCGGUUGGGAAAACGCUCGCGGAGCUCGACGGCCGCCUGUGCAUGGUACGCGACGUCCGCCACCGCAGCGACCACGACGUGCUGUUGGAGAUAUGGAAGCUGCAGGACUACGACACCGGGAGCUGGUCGCUGGACUACCGCGUCGACCUGCCAGCGCCGGGCCAGCGCCAGCGCCAGCUGCUCACGGCACCGUGGCUCGUCGUCCCGCUCACCUACCUUGGUGGCUCCCCGCCGGGAGACAAGAAGAGGAAGCUUCUUGUCGCGACCACGGCGCACGAGGCUCAUGUCUACGACCCGGACUCCGGCACUCUCCGGACGGUGGCCUCCAUUGACAGCUCGGGGGACGGGGACGACGAUUCAAUACGUCUCUUGCUGUACCAGGAGAGCCUUGUUCGGCUUCCUGGCAUGCAGCAUGGCCUAGGAAAUAUUAAGUUUGUACAACUUUCCAAUAGUGAGCAUAUGUAA